CUUCACUUUUGUCACCACGUGUGGUGUGAUUUAUUUUCCGAAAAUUGUGUUAUGAAAUAAAAUAAUGGGUAAAUUUAGAUCUAAACUAAAAGGGAAGACAAAGGGUAAACGAUGGCAAAAGGGACAAUCAUCGAAUUCCAACCCGAAGAUACAAAAAUACAGGGAAAUGGCAAAGUCCCGGUUUUUUCAAGAGAAUUUAGGUAAUACUGGAUUAACUCAGCAGGCUGUACAUAAACAUGAUGCUAUUGUUACUUACGGCCACAGCCUUGGCAAGCAAAAGUCAGAAGCUGAGGCUGAGCUGGCUAUUGCCAAAGAUUUUGAGAAUAUGUCUGUGAAAACUGGCGAUGAGGGUUCCGAGAGUGAAUACUCUGCAUACUCUGGAAGUAUGAGGUCAGGCACAUAUAAGACUUUCCAAACAUUUGCCUCAGAUUGGAGUCAGUGUUCAAACAUCAGUUUUAGCAAAUUACUCAACAGAUUUGACUCGAACAAUGCUGUCCAUAAAGAGAUGUUGGCAGUCCUAGCAGCCGUUACCGAAGUAAUUAAAGAGCAAGGGGGUAAGGAGACCACCACUGAGUAUUUUGCUGCACUGAUGGAAACUCUGAAAGCAUCAGAAGGAGAAGAAAAUUUAGUGGCAACAAUAUCCUUACUGUCAAUGGGAAUCAAAUCUGUACCACAGCCAGUGCUACGUAAACAGUUCUCUGACUGUGCCACCGUUUUCAUGGAACUCUUGGAAAAGAACGCUCAGUCGGACAAUGGCACGUUGUUAAGAAGUACCAUUGGUUGCUUGUCAGUGCUUCUGAGGGCUCAGGAAUAUGCUUUAUGGAGUGAAUCAUCAACUAUGAGGGUCUUCGAUUCAGUUUUGGCGUUUGUUUUGCACUCAAAACCAAAGGUGAGAAAAGCUGCUCAACAUGCUGUAACAACAAUUCUUCGAGGCAGCUGCUUCAUGAUACCAUCCGAAGACCAGAGAGUAAAGGUGCCUAAAGUCCACCCCGCGUCCAACCGCGUGGCAGAACACUGCUUGUCACAGAUGAGUGCCGAGGCAUUAUUAUCAGGGCAUCGAACUGUACUCCACACAUUGACUAUGCUGAGAGACGUGCUGCCAGUCUUCAGCAAGGAUUUUAUAAAGAGCGUAUGCGAAGCCAUUCUAUCAUUAAUGGCGCACAACAGCGUGUACAUACAGCGUUGUUGCCUCCAUACUCUGCACGCUAUGUUCGCCUCUUGUAUGGGAGGUAGUGGCAACUUGCCGGCCACUCUGGCGGCACAAGUCAUACGGGCGCUGUCCGCUCGCAGGCCGCGCGCUGAUGAUCAUCAACAAGUGCUGGCGUGGGCUACUGUCCAGCAACAGGGAUAUUGUUGCCUUGCUAGCCUGGAUUUGAACCUGUGCAUCCCCAAUCUGCCGAGUUUCGUGAGCAUCUGCGUCACUGAGCUGUGGUUGUCCGAUGUGGCGGACAUUAAUUCGGCCGCCACAAACGCGCUCAAAGCUGUACUCUUAGACUGCGUGAAACCGGCCAUAGACUCGGAAGAUUAUCCUCGCCAUAAACCGCACGUGGAGGCGAUAUUCAAAGCCAUCGGCUCUGGGCUAGACAACCCCUUCACACAGGCCAUUAAGCAUAUCAUACUCACUAUAGCCGUGUGCUUUGAGAUCGGUAGUGAAAAUGUGAAGGCAUUACUCGCACCGCUACUCAAGAAACUGAACGACCGCCGGGAGAGCAACAACUUUCAUAACAAUAAAGAGGUGGAAUACGCUACGGGUUGCGCGAUCAAAUCCCUAGGCCCCGAGUUCGUAUUAAAGAUAAUACCUUUAAGGGACGAACCGGAAAGCAUAAACUUAGAAAGGAGUUGGCUUCUGCCAGUUUUGAAGGAGAAGAUUGUUAAUUCUCAUUUGAAAUUCUUCGCUACUGAAAUAUUGGAGAUGGCAACAUUCUGCAGGAAGAAAUCUAGGGAGUUGACGGUAGCUAAAGAUAUGCCUGGAUCUCAUACGUAUGAGCUGUUAUGUAAUCAGUUCUGGGCUUUGUUGCCUAGCUUCUGUAAUAGCCCUACAGAUAUCAAAGACAACUUCAAGGCCGUAGCUAGAGUUUUAGGUAACGUCUUGAAAGACAACCCAGAGUUCCGUUUAUCCGUAAUGCAAGCUCUAAGAAAAUUGAUCACUUGUUCCACUGACAAUGAAGAAGAUACCCAAGAACUGGCUAGAUUCGCUAAGAACUAUCUGCCUAUACUUCUGAAUAUUUAUAUGUCCCCUGCUAAGGGGAGUAGUGCUGUAGGACAGAGACUGGCUGCUUUGGAAACAAUACAGGUCUAUCUCACUAUAAGCGACCAGUCGUUAAGGGAAGAACUGUUCAAGAACUCGUUGCAGCAACUUGAAACUUCCAAAGACAACCAUUUCCAGAGAGAAUCCAUCCUAGACAUCAUCAGGUUGCUCGUACUGUAUCAAAGCAGCGAGAACAUAACCAAUCUCUUUGACCAAUGGGUGAUACCUUUGUGCGAGACUGUUCUAGAAAAUCCUAAGCAACUGAAAAAGGCUAGGAAGGAAAAGCAGAAGAGCCAGGCCAUGGAAGAGGAUAAACCGGAAGAUGAUAAACAGGAUACAAAGAAGGAACUUAGGUAUAAAGAAAGAGCUAAGCUACUAGAGAUGGAGCACAAGAAAGCGUACAGGAUAUUAGAGGAACUAUUCAAGAGCGACAGGGACAACUGUAAGGAGUUCCUCGCAGCCAAUCAGAAGAAGAUUAAGAAGUUGCUGAUGACGUCACUGAACAAAGCCGCCGACAGCAGUAAGGCUGCUAGACUUAGGUGCAUAGAGCAUUUAAUAAGAUCAUCGCCUAAUUUGACCGCGGAGAGUAAGUUGCUUCGAGGCGCGAUCGCAGAAUCAGUUGUAUGCACUCGAGACAUCAACUCCAAGUGUCGGCAAUGCGCUUUCAAUGUAAUAACUUGCGUUGGUGAAGUUUUGAAAACACAGAAACUAGGUAUGCAAGGGUUCGUAGAAAUGUUAGUAUCGGGACUAUCGGCGCCGCUGCCUCGUAUAGUGAGUGCGACUCUCCGCGCUUUAGCGUCUGCCAUGUUUAACUUCUCCGAAGACUUGGGGCUGGAAACGGUUCAAGGGUUACUGGAGAAGGUGGCUGAGCAAAUGCUAAGCGGCAACAGGGAGAUUGUAGCCGCUGCGCUGAGUUUUUUAAAGGUAUAUACGAAAGUGUUGCCAACAGAAGUGCUAGCGGGCAGCUUGCCAGUUAUAUUCAACACACUGUCCUCUAUGUCGGAUGAUUGCAAGAGGCAUUCUAGACUAGAAAUAGGCUAUUUUCUCACUAGAAUGUUGAGGAAAUACGGUGCUGACACCAUAGAGAAACUGAUCCCGAGCUCUGACGAGGUGAUGCUGCGGAGACUGAGGAACCUACGGAAGAUGGAAAACAGGAAGAAGAGACUGAAAGAAGGACAGAGAGAACAAUCAGACGAUUCCGACGCGGAUACUUCAAUACGAGGCACAUCCAAGACCCUUGAGGAAAUUCUUCAAGAUUCGGACUCAGAAAUGGAGUAUUUGGACGAUGAAGAGGAUCAAAGACCAAGGGCUAAAGCCAAGAAACCCAAGACCACCAAGAAUCAAGCCUGGAUUCAGGAUGACCCGGAAAAUAUAGUGGAUUUAGCCGAUGUGUCUGCCUCUAGGAAGAUUACCGCUACUGACCCCACGAAGAAGACCAAAGCUUUAGAAAUGCAGCAAAAGAAGAAGGAUGGUGGUUUCAAGACAGCACCUGACGGACGCCUGAUCAUCGCCGAUGACGGUUCUGGUGAUGACGAUGAUGAAGAGCCAAGACCCAGUGGAGAUGUCGACAGCGAUACUGAUGACACUGAUGACGAAGGAGCAAGCAGCAAGCCUUCCAAGCUCCUCAAGCCCGGCAGCAAACGGCGAUACGACGAUAUAUUGAGUAUCAAGAGCGGUAGAACUAACAGAAGUAAAGCUUCCACCGUCACUGUCAAUUCCAAGUACAAGGCCGGAGGGAAAGGCAUUCACAGACCCCUAGGAUCGGCUGCUUCCGUAGCCUCAACAGCAGGCACCGAGUAUCGUUCCAAGAAGUCUAAAGGCGACGUCAAGAAGAAGGGCAAACACGACCCUUAUGCAUAUCUACCACUAUCUAGGAAAAAUCUUAACAAAAGGACAAAAGCAGUCACAUCGAAGCAAUUUAAGGGUAUCGUCAAGUCGAAAACUAAAAUAGGCAACAAAAUGAAAUCUAAGAAGAAAUCUUAAAUAAAAUACUACUGAUCUAGAUGUUAAUAGUUUAUCUAUAAUGCACCCUAUCUCAACGUAAUAAGAGUGAAAUUGUAACCUACUUUCGUAUAUGUGCCUCAUAAGAAACCUGAUAAUUUUGAAAAUAACAACAUAUAGCUAUUUGCAUUUUUAGUGUAAAUACUGGC